GCGGGGGCGGAACAGGUGGCCGGCCACGAGCGAUCGCGGAGAGCGGCGGGGCUCCUUUUUUUUUUCCCCCUGGCCGGUGGCCGGGCAGAGCCGCACCAUGAAGAGGCAGCCGACCGGGAGGGGACCGGAGCCGAGAGCCGGCCGGGUCCUGACCAAGCCGGCCGAGUACGUGGGCUCUUUCGCCGUGGAAGACACCGAUCUACCCCGGGCGGGCCAAGCCGUCCAUCAGCGGCUGCAGCUCCUGAAGGACUGUCCGCGGCGGCGCUCCGUCCUCCUGCGCUUCUGCCUGCAGGGCUUGAAGAUGCUCGGACGCGACGGCGAGGCUCCGCUCAUGGCCCACGCCCUCAAGCGCCUCGCCUACAGCACCUGCAGGCCCGCCGAUCGCCAGUUCGCCUUCCUGGCCCGCAACCCGCGAGGAGCUCGGGGCAGCCUCUUCUGCCACCUCUUUGUGGGCAGCCAGCCUGGCGAGGUCCAGGCGCUGCACUACCUCCUCUGCCGCUUCUUCCAGCUGGGCUACCUUCUCCUGCACCCCGAAGAACAGGACUGGUCCUCUUCCGGUGGCUCUGCCCAGCGAGACUCCGGGAAGCACCUGGGCGUCUCUCUGGACAGCCAGGUGGUCUGGGAAUCCCUCAAUCCUGAGGAGGUCUCCCAGAAUGUCAACGCCCUUGUGUCCUUCCGGAGGCUGCCCUGCCCCACAGAAUUCGGGACCUCGGUCAGCGUGAGAGAGAGGCUGGACCUGGAGGAAAGCAGCAGCAGCAGCGUGAGCAGUGCCCGUCCUGGGAACCCCUAUUGCUCCCCAAUUCUGGUGCGCAAGAAGGCCAUUCGCAGCAAGAUUCUACGUUCUGGGGCCUACCGAGGUUGUACCUUUGAGGCGGCCUCUCAGCAAGGCGCCUGGGAAGGAUUUUCCUCCAGCUGCGAUGGCAAAGCGAACCUGCUUCACCUGCCAGAAAACGAGAACGAUCUGAGAGAGAGUGUGUGGUCCUUUGCGGGCAUCAACAGAGAUGCCGGCCUGGCCCUGCUAAGGAAUGACAUGCUGGGGGCUUUUCUUCUGUGGGCUGAGUCAGGAUCCACCCAUCAGUGGUGCCUGGCAGUGAGGACCCGCUGCGGCGUCGUUCCAUAUCAAAUUUACCGCAGCCAGCUAGGAAAGUACUCGGUUGAGCAUUUGAAUAUAGAAUUCCCCAGUAUGGAAGUCUUGUUAGACAAUUACUCCGGGGUUCGUGCAGGCCUGUUCUGCUCCUUGGGUGCAGGAAGAAUCAACCAUUGUUAUGAGGAGCAAGACGAUCCGGUCGAAGAUCUCUGGGGAGAAGAGCGAACUCGCCGGAAGUCCUCAUGGCUGUUUGGGGCCAGUCGGUCUCUGGCUGUGCAGCACGAGGUGGAGGGAUGCUCAGCCGGGUCCUUCUCUUAAGUGUUCCUGCCAUCCGAAGAGGACAGAGACCCUGGUUGGCCCUUCCUGCUCACUCUCGUGGCUUGGUGUCAGGUUUCGAAGUCGUUGCACUUACUCCAAUGCUGACACUUGACUUUGUUGUGGUUCUUUUUGGGUUGUGCGCAGAGGGUACCUCUUCCUCUCGUCGUGUCGUAAUUCAGGGUUUUUUCCUGCCGUGUCUGCCCAGCUGGAGUCAGAAGGCUGAUGCACACAGUUGACUGGGGGGCCCCGCACCCGAUUUAGGGAGUGCCAUGGGGCGUCUUGGGCUGACAGCACAUAUUGACCAAUCAGUUUGGGAGUCAGCUUGGCUGGCCAGGGUGCCAGACUGAGCCUCCCUGCCUUUGCACUCCUGGCCGAUUCUUCUCUGUGCAUUGGGGAGGGGGGGACAAAGGCCUUUGAUCAGGAGCCUGGAUUUCAGCGUGGUCUGUAUAGUGAUGCCCUCAUGCCCUUAUUUAUAGGAAGCUAAAUGUGCCUGUAUGUGAGUAAUUUAUUGGAAACAAGUGUAUUGCUUUCUCCAGGGCUGCUGUGUUCAGUGGUGAAGAUGCAUUGCUUAUAUUUAACAGAUGCAAAACCGUUUGUACAGGGAUGCCCUGCAAUCAUAUAUAUAUAUAUAAAUAGAUAUCUAUAUAUUUGUAUUUCAAA